AUGCGGUGCAAUGAGCGGAAUAAGAAGAAGGCCAUUUUUUCAAAUGACGACUUCUCGGGGGAAGACACUUUGAUGGAGGACCACCUCCAACUGAGGGAAAAGCUUUCAGAAGACAUCGAGAUGAUAAAGGCGUCGCUGAAAAAUAACCUCGUUUGCAGCACGUUGAACGACAAUGAGAUAUUGACCCUGUCUAACUACAUGCAGUUUUUCGUUUUCAAGGGUGGCGACCUGGUGAUCAAGCAGGGGGAGAAAGGAUCCUACUUCUUCAUCAUAAACAGCGGCAAGUUCGACGUGUACGUGAAUGAUAAGAAGGUGAAGAGCAUGGGGAAGGGGAGCUCCUUCGGGGAAGCGGCGCUAAUCCACAACACGCAGAGGAGCGCGACGAUCAUGGCUGAGACGGACGGGACUCUCUGGGGGGUGCAGAGGAGUACCUUCAGAGCAACACUAAAGCAACUGUCUAAUCGGAAUUUCAACGAAAACAGGAGCUUCAUAGAUUCCGUGUCCGUAUUUGACAUGCUGACGGAAGCACAGAAGAAUAUGAUCACCAACGCGUGCGUUAUUCAGAUGUUCAAACCGGGGGAGACGAUUGUGAAGCAGGGCGAUUAUGGCGAUGUGUUGUUUAUACUGAAGGAAGGUAAAGCCACAGUUUUUAUUAACGAUAAAGAAAUAAGAGUACUUAACAAAGGGUCCUACUUCGGAGAACGAGCGCUGCUGUAUGACGAACCCAGAAGCGCCACCAUCAUAGCGAAGGAACCCACGGCAUGCGCGUCGAUAUGCAGAAAGCUGCUAAACAUAGUGCUGGGGAAUCUGCAGGUUGUCCUCUUCCGCAACAUCAUGACGGAGGCGUUGCAACAGAGCGAAAUAUUUAGGCAGUUCAGCGCAGAGCAGUUAAACGAUCUAGCGGAUACAGCCAUUGUUAGGGAUUACCCAGCGAAUUACCACAUCCUGCACAAGGAUAAGGUUAAGUCUGUGAAGUACCUCAUCGUGUUGGAGGGUAAGGUGGAGUUAUUUCUGGAUGAUGAAUCGAUAGGGAUCCUCACCAGGGGGAAGUCCUUCGGGGAUCAGUACGUGUUAAAUCAGAAGCAGAAGUUCAGGCAUACAGUCAAAUCGCUGGAUGUGUGCAAAAUUGCUCUCAUCACAGAAUCCUGUUUGGCGGACUGCCUAGGAGACAACAACAUUGAUGCGUCGAUUGAUCAUAAUAAUAAGAAGAGCAUCAUCAAGAAGAUGUACAUUUUUAGGUACCUAAGUGAGCAGCAAUGCAAUUUACUUAUCGAAGCGUUUAGGACCACGAGAUAUGAAGAGGGGGACUACAUCAUUCAGGAAGGAGAGGUGGGUUCUAGAUUCUACAUCAUAAAGAAUGGGGAAGUAGAGGUGACCAAAAAUGGGAAGAGAUUACGAACGCUGGGGAAAAAUGACUACUUUGGGGAGAGGGCCCUCCUUUAUGAUGAGCCCAGAACAGCCUCCAUCAUCAGUAAGGCCACCAGUGUUGAGUGCUGGUUUGUAGACAAGAGUGUCUUUUUGCAAAUCAUCCAGGGACCCAUGUUAACUCACUUGGAGGAGCGAAUCAAAAUGCAGGACACCAAAGUGGAGAUGCACGAAUUGGAGACCGAAAGGAUUAUAGGCAGAGGUACCUUCGGAACCGUUAAGUUAGUGCACCACAAACCGACACAAAUUAGAUAUGCACUAAAGUGCGUUAGUAAGAGAAGCAUCAUCAGUCUAAAUCAGCAGAAUAAUAUAAAACUGGAGAGAGAAAUAACUGCAGAAAAUGACCACCCAUUUAUUAUAAGACUUGUGAGGACAUUUAAAGAUUCCAAUUGUUUUUACUUUCUAACGGAGCUGGUCACUGGGGGGGAACUCUAUGAUGCCAUUCGAAAAUUAGGUCUGCUCUCCAAACCUCAGGCACAGUUCUACUUAGGGUCCAUAAUACUAGCCAUAGAAUAUCUGCACGAGAGGAAUAUUGUCUAUCGAGAUUUAAAGCCAGAGAAUAUUCUCCUAGACAAACAGGGCUACGUAAAACUGAUCGAUUUUGGUUGCGCGAAGAAGAUUCAGGGCAGGGCCUACACUCUUGUUGGCACUCCUCACUACAUGGCGCCGGAGGUUAUCUUGGGGAAAGGCUACGGGUGCACUGUGGACAUAUGGGCUUUGGGAGUUUGCCUCUACGAGUUUAUUUGUGGCCCCCUCCCAUUUGGAAAUGACCAAGAGGAUCAACUGGAAAUAUUCAGAGACAUUCUAACGGGGCAGUUAACCUUCCCCGACUAUGUAUCCGACCAGGAUAGCAUAAAUUUGAUGAAGCGACUGUUGUGCAGACUGCCUCAGGGACGAAUUGGAUGCUCCAUAAACGGGUUUAAAGAUAUUAAGGAGCACGCCUUCUUUGGCAACUUCAACUGGGAUAAGCUGGCGGGGCGCUUGCUGGAGCCCCCGCUGGUGUCCAAGGGGGAGACCUACGCGGAGGACAUCGACAUUAAGCAGAUCGAGGAGGAGGACGCGCUGAACGAGGGCGAGCCGCUCGACGGGGAUGACAGCUGGGAUGUGGACUUUUGA